UUGGACGAUCAGUUGGUCGAUCAGUUGGACGAUCAGUUGGUCGAUCAGUUGGACGAUCAGUUGGACGAUCAGUUGGACGACCAGUUGGACGAUCAGUUGGACGAUCAGUUGGUCGACCAGUUGGACGAUCAGUUGGACGACAAGUUGGACGAUCAGUUGGUCAACCAGUUGGACGAUCAGUUGGACGAUCAGUUGGUCGACCAGUUGGACGAUCAGUUGGUCGAUCAGUUGGUCGAUCAGUUGGUCGAUCAGUUGGACGAUCAGUUGGUCGAUCAGUUGGACGAUCAGUUGGACGAUCAGUUGGUCGAUCAGUUGGUCGAUCAGUUGGUCGACCAGUUGGACGAUCAGUUGGUCGAUCAGUUGGACGAUCAGUUGGUCGAUCAGUGGGACGAUCAGUUGGGCGAUCAGUUGGAUGAUCAGUUGGUCGAUCAGUUGAUUGGUUGA